CUCAGCCAGGCUCAGCUGGUGCUGCUUUUUGCACCGCGAGGAGAUUGCAAAUUUGAGAGCCUAGGCCUAGGUACUGAAUUCGAGGAACUAAUUGUUAUGUGUAAAAAUGUAUCUUUACUCACUAGUCAUUAUAUAGGACAGUAAAUUUCACAGGUAUGUGCCACAUUCAUUACAACGAUAAUGAGCAUUGGACAAUGUGAACUGGAGAUUCUUGUUGAACUCCGAGAAUUGAGUUUGAACUCUUCGGGGACAUUUUCUGUCGUGUUGUCUCUACAAAGUUCAGAUUCAGAAAAACUGACAAAAGACGUCUUUUUUGAGGUCGAUAAUCAUGGCAAAGAGCAGGGGCACAGUACAAAUAUAGGCAGUGUUGAAGUACCACAAGUUCUAGUUGGGAAGGCUGUGAAAUUUCAAAAGAAAGUAAAAUUUUAUAUUUCUAAAGGUAUUUUCAAGGAUGAUGAUGAAUCUUCCCUCAUCCUUCUGGUGGAUGUCUUUAAAAAGAAUGAUGUUAACGUGAAAGAAUGCUCCUCUCGGGUAGUCAUCUUCCAGUCUCCUGGUUCUCUACCAGAACCUGGUCCUGAUAUGACAGUUACCAGUGUCAAAAAGAACAUUCUAAACUUGACAAGUAAACUGCCAGACGAAGGCAUAACGAUUCACAUUGGUCGGGUCAUUUGCAGUUAUUCAUUGAAGGCUAACAAAGUUAAGCAAACCCCUGAACCAAGUCCUGAACCAAGUCCUGAACCUACACUUCCACCACCACCUCCACUAUUACCAACAGCAGAAGUUGAAGAUAAACCAAAAGAAGAUGUUAAAAAAACUCUACCCAAGAAAAAAGGUUCUGAACGGUACCGUAGACAUAUCGUGUCACAACUUGGCAGAGAAGAGGUCAUUGUUCAUGUGCAUGCUGCAAGCGGACUUCCAAAUUUGUUACAAGAUUCAAGCCCACCUUUCCCGUAUGUUUCAGGGACUACAAAGUCGGAUGAAGAUGCAGGGGUGUCCCCUCAACAAACUACAAGUAUUGCCAAAACGCCGACAUUUUUCCCAAGCUGGGAGGAAACAAUUGUUAUAGAAAUAGAUGAGGUAGAUUCUGAUACAGAAGAAGUUGUUUUGUUGGUGAAUGAUCUCACAAGUCAAAGCACUCUAAUAAGGUAUCAAAUACCUGUUGUUUACCUGAAGCCAUUCCAUCAGUAUCACCUGGACCUUAUUCAGGAGGGCGUUGGAUUUGAAACACAUUUGUAUGCUUCUAUCCUACACCGAACUUGUCGUCUCCAGCUGCUUGAUGCUCUAACAUACAGCGGUGUUGAAAUCACUCUUUGCUCUUUGGCUCGUAAAAUAUCAAAUGUUUCUGAUCCCUUGAUGGCUGUUAUAAGAAUAGUUCCAGAUUAUUAUGUUUUAAGGAAGGAAAUAGAGACACGUAAAUAUAUUAAUGAGCUUCAUCCCCGUCCUGUGCACUGUCCGGUUCGAGAACUUGACUUCACAGCAGCCAACUUAAAGCAUAGUAAUCCACAGAUUUCUCUUCCACUGGCACAAACCGGGUCGAGUUGGGAGCAGCAGUUGUUAUUCUGUGAGCCUCGCCUGAUGGCGUCAACCUUUACUGCCACGUCUGCUCUGAUUGUUGAAUACUAUAGCACAAUUACAGCAUUUGAAAGCAGUAAAUGGUACCUGGAUAAAAGUCUUGGAUAUUCAACUAUGCUUCUUAACAAACAUGUGUACAAUGCAUUAAAAUCAGAGCGUGGUAGAAAAGGUAUUCGUGUUGAGAACUUGUCCUUAAAAGGGACAAGUUUACAUACUGAGAACGACCAUAUUCCAGCUAUCAACCUUGUUCUUCGUCUAAUUUCAGAAGAGCAUCCCAGUUCACUACUUAAUGCUAGUUACGUUGAUGAUCUGCCUAAACUCGAGCAUUUUUCGAUGGAGGCUGAGCGACUUCCACCUCCUCCAUCACCAAGCCCAACACCAUUACCAAGCCCAACACCAUCACCUCCACCAAAGAAAGAAUCAUCACCAAGAAUUCCAUUACCAACCAAAACACCAGUUCAAAAGAAAAUACCUUUCAGAGAUGGAGAAACACCGCCACCCAUACCACUAUACCACAACCCAGUGGUACACUCACCAAAACCAAGAGCAUAUAAAUUGGUCUUGAAGGAGGAUGAAUUACCACCACUGGAUGCAGUGCAAAAUCUCCUUCCCGACUCCCAUCGGGUCAUUUUGGAUCCGGAUCAAAGGUACCAGGACCAUCCAGGCUUAAUCCCAACAAGAUUACCACCUAAAGACCUUAACGAUGAUCCACCUCGUGAACCUAAAUCCAAGUCUCGUCAAACACCUCCAGACCGAUACGCAAUAACUCUGCUAGAUCAUCAACAGAGGGAGCUAGACAACUAUAAAACAGCCAUGAAGCGAAUGGGUGAUGAGAUUGUGAAGUUACAGGAGGAGAUAACAAGACUGGAGGUUGUGAACAGUAAGCUGCGUCAGCAGAUCAACAUGCACGAGGACACAACGAGGGCUCUGCUAAGAGAUUCAGAACUUACAGACAUUCCAAGGAAUGAGUUGGUUCAACGAUAUGCAUCUCUGAGGGAUAAAUUAUCAAGUCAAGUAAGAGAAGCCACAUCUUACAGGGACAAGCUACUGCAACUACAGAAUGAACUAAUUAGGCAUAAUGACAGAGAAAAGGAGUUUAUAAAUCUUCAAGAGGCCCACUUCAAACAGUCAGCCAUUUUACAGAGAUUUCAAGAAAAGCAGCAGAAAAUUAAGAAAUUGGAAGAAACUUGUCGUAAGCAGGAAGAAGUGAUUGAGAAGAUGGAGAAGUUACUAAAGGGAAAAAUUAGAAAAGGAAAAGAUGAAGCAACUCCUAAGUUAGAUGCCAAAGAGGCUUUUUUAGCAGAAAAUUCACGUUUGAGGUCAGAGAUCAAUCAGAUGAAAAAUAAAUCACAAAUUAAAGAAGUGUCAUUUGAUGAUGCUGAGCGAAUGGAGCUGUAUAGUAAACUCGAUAGAUCUGAUGGUCGCAUACGAACUUUGGAAAGAGCCGUACGUGAAAAUGCGCGGAAAUGGGGGCAAGAAAAGGAAGAGCUUUUGUUACGAUUGAAUGAGCAAAAUCACCGGGCUUCUUUACCACCAGUAAAUAGAAGCUACUAUAGAUAUGAUGAUGAAGAUGACUUUGAGGACAGAGUAUUCCCAAAACAUCGGACAAGAUUAAGACCUAGAGGUAGAUAUGGUUCACCUCACUUAGAACCUUUGAUGUAAAAGUAUCAUUCAACAUCAGCUGAGUAAUGCAGUACCGACAUCCAACUGAAAAACAAGCAGCAUUAGCUCGAGGUCAUCACUGUUGAUUUUGGUUGUGGAGUUCUGAACAUGAAUUCAUUAUGAGUGUUCCUUUUGGAGGGAGCAAGCAAGUUAUUGAGGUCUCCACAUGGUCCAGGAAUCACCACUUCUGGCUUCUGGUGAAGGAUCUCUGAAAGUGAUUAAUCCAGUCAAGUUUUGAUUUCAUUGAAACAAAAUUAUUGUCAUCGGAUAAAUAAUGUGCAUGGUCUAAAAGUCAUUACUUCUGGGUUCUGGUGAGAUUUUGAAUGUGAUAAAUUCUGCUAAGAGUUUCUUUCAAACAAAGAAAAGUAUGGAUGGUUGACACAAACUCUAUCUGGUCUUGAUGUUGAUUAAUAAUUUUAACAUCAGGGUGUAAUACAUCCAGUCCAGAUUGAUACUUUUGGCUUCAGGCCAGUCAAGUUUUUUUCUUUCAGUAGAGAAAAUCUAUUGAUAUCUGAGACAUAAUUCACAUGUUGUCCACUUUUGGUUUCAUUUUGGGUUUUUUAAACGUAUUUAACAAGGGUGCUAAUCCAGUACAACUGAUAAUUUGGAUUCCUCAAUUCUCUACAAUAGUCUCAUAAGGAUUUUAAAGUAGAGAACUGAAUAUUUAGGACUUUGAUCCAUGCAAUCAAGUAAUAUGAGAUAUCUGUACUGACAAAAAGAUUAAAACACUCAAAAAUCAGAAGAGGAACAUAACCACACACAGCACACUGUUUCAACAUGAAGGUAUUAUUAGGCCAAAAAAAAAUAAAUUGUUUGUUUGCCCUCCUCCACCCGCCUCUAACUCACUAAAAAAAAAAUCGGGGCGGAAAAAUUUAAAAAAAACUUUAAGAAAGUUUUUUUUUUUU